AUGGUUGCUUCCACGAACCCUGAUGAGCAUCUAAAAAUGAUAAGCUUGAAAAAGGUCCAGCUUGGAAACAUAACUGUGGAUGUGGUCCUUGGUGGAAUGCGAGGGAUGAUUAGAAUGCUUUGGGAAACAUCCCUACUUGACCCAGAGGAGGCUCUUGCGUCGCGGUGUGACGUAGUUGGGGAUUUGGGAGUGGAUGAUGCCACCGGCGCCUUCUCUGUCACCACGUACGACGCAAAUCACUGCCCUGGGGCAGUCAAGUUCGUGUUUGAGGGUCAAUUUGGUACCAUACUUCACACAGGGGACUGUCGGCUUACACCAGACUGCGUACAGAAUUUGCCAAUGAAAUUUUUGGAGGGAGCUUCCAGCAUCGACAACCACUUCUACUCAUCUUCAUUUGAGAAAAAUAUACCUGUACUCCUUGGUUUGUUGAGUGUGUGGAAUGUUUCAUUUCUUGGUUAUCCAGCUAGAGCAAUAUUGCCAUAUUCCCAGGCACUUGAGAAAUUGGCACCACAUAUUCAACAGAUUAGCAUGGAGAGUAACGGGAAGAUGGUUUUCCCAGACACUUACAUAUAG